AUGGCCACUGGGAUGAACUACGACUUUCUCUAUCAGCCGUCAUCUUCAUCCAUACACCAGCCUCACGUCCCAGGCUCGGAUCCUUCGCUUGCAACAGAAAUUAUGCCCGCACCCCCGCCGCUCUCCGCGUUCCCGCGCGUUAACGGCAAGGGCCAGACGAUUGCUCGUGCGACAAAAUCUGCCAGAAGAAACGACAUCUGCCAUCAGCACGCUAGUCACCGUUUCGCACAAGAUCCCACAGGAAGAACAGCAUCAGAUUGCGGCGACAACUCUGCAGGCCGUCCCCAUCAACGUGGACACCUUUCUCAAGGAAGAAGCCCAGAGGACUCGGUUGAACUCCAAGAAAACUCGAUUGCCCGCAAGAGAGCACGGUUGUCUCGACAGCCGUCAGUACCAACGCCUCUGCCCACUCGAGCCUCUUCACGCCAGUUGCGCAACUCUCCGCUCACUGCAGAUGGUGACUCUGUGACACCCGAAGGCGUGGCACUAUCCCAGAGGGUAGUAACAGCACCCAUCACCGAUCGAGAAACUUCUGCCACAGCGCCGGCUAGCCCAGGAACACUCCUCCCGACCCGACCCCGACCCGGACGUCCCAGAGGCAAGAAGUCACAUGGGGCUACCCCACCAAGCCCGUCCUCCCUUGCCCCCACAUCAACUUCGCUCACCACACGUGACGCCCGACCCAACCCCAACUCCGUGCUGCUAGAUCAGCAUGUCAAUGGGAUGGACCAAGUACGCACAAACGUGGAGCCUAUGCCUAAAGUCAAGAUUUCCCUAGGCAGCCGCCGAAAAGGGAAGGGCAAGGAUAACGUCACUGAGGCGGGAGGGGACCAUGAAACCGAUGGCCAACACUCAAAUAAUGCCGCGUGCGAGUGCUGUUCAUUACAAGGUGGGCAUUUGGUGUUCUGCGAUGGGUGUCCACGCUCCUUUCAUCUACUGUGCCUUAACCCGCCAUUGGAUGAGCUCAAAGAAGAGACAUGGUAUUGUCAAACUUGUACAGCAAAAAGGAACAAUAUCAAGCCCCCAGCCCACAAAUACAAGCUUGAAACCAGCACAAAGCGGGUCAAUGUCAACAGUUUGUUCGACGAUCUUAUGCAUAACUUGACUUGCGAUCCUCCCAAAGUGUUCGCGCUUCCAGAAGAUAUUCGGACACACUUCAAAGAUGUGUCCACAAGUAACUCUGGAGCAUACAUAGAUAGCGGUGAUGUAGUCAAGGAGCGAUUGAACCGCCACGGAUUCGUCGAAGAACGGGACCCAUAUCGACUGAGGGACCGCCAUGGUGCACUGGUUUUAUGCUGCCAAUGCGGGACAUCAGCGUCAUCAUCCACUAUGGAUGACCGAGUUCAUUCGAGCGGAGACUUUAGUAAUCGAGGACGGCCGAUUAUCUCCUGUGACUACUGCAGGCUGCACUGGCAUAUGGAUUGCCUCGAGCCGCCACUGGCGGUGUUGCCGGCAAAUGGACGAAAAUGGAUGUGCCCGAAUCACUCGGCGCACUCUAUGCGUGAACAUGGUUUCCUAGCCCAAAAUUCGGAUACCCAAGGCUGGCGGAAGGUUGUGACAAUAACGAAACCCGGACAACGCAACAAUGGGAACGUCGAGGUUAUCAUGGAUAGCGAGCCCGUACAGCUCAACUCACAGGCUAUGCGAGUCGCGUACGAGGAAGUGAAAAUCAAUGGCCAAAGAUACCGAGUUCCAGAGGAAACCAUCUUGCUGGACUUUUGGAACAAGGUUAAGCGAAACAGAAUGUACGAGGUUUCUUGCCCCGGCUCCACCUCCGAUUGCCCAAGUGCUACGCCGGCCCGAAGCGCACAGGGUGACCUCACCCCAUCGUCCUCCCCCCUGACAUCCCUUAGCUCUUUGUCGGAUCACGAUGAUGAAGGAGAAAGUUUCUUGAAUGCCCAGGAUAGCGAUCGUCAAAGGAAGGACGACAUAGCCGCGGCAGAGCUUCUCCAUUUAUUCCAUAUUCAGGCCAGAUCAGCUUCCUCGGCAAACUCUGCAGUGGAUGAGACUCAGCCUACGGAGCAUUCGGCCAAUACCUACGGUAGUUCCCCACUCUCAUCCAUACUAAGCGAUGAUUCGCAAGACUGCAUUGAAAGGGCCCCGUCGAGAUCGAAAGGAACGUCGAGUAAUUCACGUCUCUCAACCCUCCCGUGUCCCGCGCGCCUGCUAGCGGCCGCAGCUCGCCCAGUAGUUCGGACGUCGCCGCCGCCUCCGCAAUCAGCGCAACUCCACCCCCUCCCCUCGACCAGGCCUGGCGCCUUCAAGCACAGUCGGUACAACUUCUGCUUCCCAUUCGAAGUUGUUCGCGGGGGGGAACUUGAUGGCUCGGCACCAAAUCCAACUAAAGCUCCUGUGGACAACGAUGAGCUUAGCCCAUGA